AUGGCUUCUUCUUCUUCGUCUUCGUCGCCAUUCCUCAUGCUUCCCGUUGCUGACGAAAACACCAAAAAAAUCCAACACCUCUCCUUCUACAACUUCAAAAACAACAAACCCUACAACCGCAAACUCCCACCAACCCUCAAAAACACACAAUUCCAAUGCAUUGGUUCAUCCAAAGGUUGGCAUACUUUUUUGGACCAAACCCUAAAAAACCCUUUCCUCUUCAACCCCUUCUCCCAAACCCUAAUCCACCUCCCCCAAAACCACCCCGACAUCACCAAACUCAUCCUCUCCCAAGACCCCUCCCUCCGCCCCCACACCUACGCCGCCAUCGCAAUCCAAACACCCCUCCUUUCCACCAAGCUCUCCUACUCACGCAACCGCGAUGCCACGUGGCAUGCCCUCCCCAACCAGAGCAACACCUACUACGACGCCAUAUUCUGCCAUGCAACAAACACCCUCUUCGCCCUAGCCCCCGCUUUGCAAGUCGAGUCGUGGAACUUGAACGAUGAUUCUCCUACAAAGAGCACGAUAAUUAGGGCUUCUUAUCCGAGAUCGUUGCGCCUCGCGAAGGAGGCCUUCCCGAGUGAUCUCUACUCGUCUCAAUUGUACCUCGCGCUCGCCUCCAGAGGUGAUAUAAUCGUGGCGGUGAGGUACGUUGGGGAGUUCGUGAGGUACGACGGGGAGGCGGUGUACGAGGGGGACACGCUGACGGACUACAUGGCGGCGCCGCUGGUGUGUCCGUACAGGACCAUGGGUGUUACAGAGAGCCCACUGAUUCAGGCCCAAGAUCUAUCAGCUGAAGAAACGGAACAAGCAGCUGCAAUUAGGAAUCCAAUCGGAGGCCCGAUAGCAGAAGCCCAUCGUCGUGAAGCCCGUGCUGGAAAACAGCCCACAUAUUUGAAGGAUUACGUGUUGAGUUUGGAAACUGCCACACAUGAUUGA